AUGAUAAUCGACAAGCAGCCUCUUCCCGAUGACCCAACUCCCAGCGAGGCGCCUCCCUCAUAUGAAACACUGGGGUCUUUACCCCAUGAUUAUCGGCCCGAGAAGUCUGGGGUAGGGCGCGGCGAAUCUGUAGCGUCCUCCUCAUCGUCGGUGCCGCCACUUCGUUCUGACAAUUCACCCCCACUCAAAUCUCCUCGAUCAACGACAUCCAGCAACAAAGGGAAAGGACGAGCAACAACCUGGUUCAAUUUUUCCUCCUCCAAGACGACCCGCGAAGUACAAACGACCGUUCGGGGGCUUGUACGGGACCUCAUCCAGCAGCACAUCGCCGACGCGGACACAGCAGCAGCUAGCAUCCUUCGCUCGUGCGCCGACGCCUGCGCCGACAACCACGUCUCGCUCUCCGACCUGCUCCAAGAGAAGUCGAUCGAGGGACACACGCCCUUGUACUGGGCCAUCGUCAAACGCCUGCCAGACGACCACCAGGACGUCGAAGCAGGGCAGUGCCCCGACCUCCUCACCUCCAUAAUCUCGUUCGCCACCCCGCUAAAGCCAGAGACGAUCACGGAAGUGAGGCUCGCGUGUCUGGCGACGUCGGAUCAGAAGCUGUUUCAGAGGUUGCGGCUGUCGCCCGAAUUCGCCCCGGUGUCGGGGGUGAAUCAGAUGCUGUUAGGUGGCACGAUUCCUCCCGACGAGAUUGAGGUAGAGGAUGUCUCUUCGGAUGGAGGGGCAUUUGUGAUGUCGUUCGUAGUGCCACAUUUUCAUAAGAGGAUGUCGGUGUCGAAGGAGGUCGAACUGGAGUUUAUUGCGAGAAGUCGGAUGUGGCGAUUGGCGUUCUUCAUCGCACCAGAAAGCCCGUAUCGAGGGUCCGAUCCUCGCGCUGGUUCAUGGUGUAUCUCCCUCUCCCUCAUCGAAAAUAGUCCUCCGACCUUCCUCGAUUCCCAGCUUCUCAUAGACGAAGCCAAGACUGAUCCUCCAGAUUCUGCUUCGUUGAAAGAACCGUCUUCACCACCUCGGUCAGGCUUCCGUUUGCCAGCAAGCCCGAUCCAGCCGAAGCCUAAAUCAACUAUCACUCUGCGGCUCAAGUCGAACGAGCAGCUGGAGGUGGCCGGUAGAUAUAACAGCGGGAAGAAUAUUGUUAUUUCUCUGGAAGAUAGUUUGAUGGGUGCGAAUUUACAGUAUGGGAAUAAUCCGUACAUUGGGUCUGAUGAAAAGCUUCGAGGCCGUCUUGAAGCCAGGCUUGGAAAGCCAGAGCGUGAUGACGAAUGUGUUAUCUGCUAA